UGUUUCUAAAUUCAAAUUUUACUAUUUUCGUGUUAAAUGUUGAAUUCCUCUUAAACCGGUGCCAAGGGGCGUAAGUGUUAACUUGCAUUUUCCAGUACGGUCCAUGAAAAGGUUAAAUCAAUCCGAACCUGCCAAAUUUUCAAUUUUGCCGUGUUUGACUAUCUUUAGGGAUUCUAUUUAUUCUCUAUUUUGUCAUUAGAUAACCUGUAAAAAACGGAUAAUAUAUCAUUAGGGUGAUAAUAUUCACUUCUUAUGUAAAAGUUUUUGAAUGUAUAUAUAAUUCAGUCAAAGUUGAUGAAACGAAGUAAUCCUAAACGUAUCAUUAAUCAUUCAAGGAUUUUUAAUAUCUCUCUCAUACGUUUAUUCAUAUGAAAGCUUUUUUAUUUAUGUAUCAAAUACACCAGUAUAUGGUUUUGAUAACCAUAUGUAUACAUUACUUUGAAUGAAGUGGUAUUAACUUUACAAAACACAGUUGUAAAUACCACAUUGACUUGUUGAUAUUGUACUUCCAAAAGUAACAUAUUUACUAGAUGCUGUCUACGAACUUUUAAAUUAUCAUUUUGAACGUAUGUUGCAUGACUGGUGCUCGAUUAACAUAAUUUAAUUAAAAUAUAUCCAUAAAAUGAAUAAUUUUGUUCAGACUUAAUAUUUACAUAAAGGUAAUUAAAAGUUAUUUAAGGAGUCAUUAUGUCCAAAAAUGCUUUGAAUAGUUAUUUGUCAAAAGCUUUUUGUUAUAUUUGAUGUCCUAUUAUAGAUAUUCAAAGCUGCUAAUGACGAAUUACUUUAACCAUCCUUUGCUUCUGAUGUAUAUUGGGAAAUAGUACAUUUAGAGUGAUUUUAUCUUUUUUUGAAAAAAAAAACAACAUUUGAUAAGAAUACAUGUAUAAACUUAAUUACUUCCAAACAUCACUGUAGGUACUUUACAUUUGUCUAUUAUAAGAUGGGGAACAGUUCGACAAGGCAAGCAGAACAGACAGAGAAAGCGGAAAACCGUGUUAACGUUUUCCGGUUGGAAAAACUCAUAAUAGAAGGAGGCCUCCUAGUUUUGAGAAACAUACUAGACCAGACCCUGAAUGCUAAAGGCGUAACCCUACGUGCAUGUUUGAAUCUAGAAAAGUCAGCAAUUAAACGUUUGAAAAGCCGCGGCAUUAUAACAGAGGUACAAUAUGACCAAUUGUUUCCAAAGGUGGGUCAAGGUCCAACUACGUCGGAUAUGGAUAUCACGCUUGUCAUUUGUCUUCUAAGAUGCCUGAAGUGUGUUGGAUUGAAUAAGAAAUUUGACUGGAAUGCAACACCUGAAUUAACCGAUGUAACAGUUGAGGCAGAUAUAUGUCGGUUAAAAGCGUUCCUAAAUAGAAUAAGCCAUAUAUCAAAUUCAACUUUUAUACACCCAUAUAAAAUUGAAACUUGGUGGAAUGAAAUCGAACAGAUACUUGCUCGACUAAGUUCUCCAUCUCUGAAUAUUCAGCAAACCAUUAACGAUUUCAAAACCUGUCCUCUAGAUCCAGAGGAAGAAAAAAGAGUACAAGAAGAAAUAAAAAAGUGGAAGGACUAUGAAGCCGUUGUUGAUCAAUUGAAAGGAGAAAUGACAGAUGUGAAAGAAAGGGUUACUGAAGUGGAGAAAAACCAAAAGGAUAUCAAAAUACAACAAUAUGAAGGCUACCUAUUUUUUGAACAAGAGAGGGAAUCAAUUGAAUGGAGUAGAUGCAUCACAAAAGGAAGUGAAACAGCAGCACAAAUUUUAAUGGAGAGAAAAAUUUUACCUUCUCAAAUACAGCUGAACAAGGCAUGCCUUACAUUUGGAGUGGAAUCACACAUAUUUUCUGAAAUAUGCUCUAUGAUAAGCAAACAUAUCAAGGCAAAAUCAGAAAAUGUCAUCGAUGUAUGGCCAUCCUAUCGAAAUGACCAUGUACUUCAAAGUAGCUAUUUGUCUAUUGUUUUUGUAGUUGUGGGUAAGAAAAAUUCUGGAUAUUCGGUAUCAAAAGAAAAUUAUCAAUGUUACAUCACGUGUGAAAAUGACUACAGUUAUGAAGGACAAAUUGUAGCUAUUAAAGAAAUGCAACCACACACUUUUGACAUUCAAUCUGCUGAUGCCGUUCUGGAAGAAAUGAGAAAAUGCGUAAAUAAGAACGCUGAUGAUCUUUUUAAAAAGCAUAGUAAUCUGAAUGUAAUUUUACCAAGCUUGAUGAAAUCAGUAGGUUAUAUGUCAAGCAAACAUGACAUUAAGAUCAAACCUUGCAUAGCUCUCUAUGUUUCAGUAAAGGGAUGUAUACCUCUAAAUGAGACACUAUUUGAAAAGGAAAUUGAUGGAUUUCCGACAGACGUUUUGGAGGGAGAGUUCAAACCAUUUUUAGGUGGGCCAAACCAAUACCAUACACAUCUUAAGAUGGGCGUUGCAAUACACGCGAACGUUUUAGUCGAAAAUAAAAUUUUUGGAGGGACUCUUGGAGGUUUUAUAGAACAUUCAGUGCAUGGAUUAUGCGGAAUAACAAGUGCACAUGUUGUAUGUGAUAGUGCUGAAUUAGCAAGGCUUAAAACUGCAAAAGAAUUACAUUUAAAUAAGACGGCUUAUCAGCCUAUAAAUGAAAGCAUGGCAGCUUUUGGUGAAGUUGUUCUGGCUGUUUACAAUGAAGGAAGUGAGUCCGAAUCUGGAAUAGAAGUUGCUCUUAUAACCAUAAACGAUAGGAAACCGAAGGAUGGAAGUUUUCCUAAUGCAUUCAAUGAUUUGGAAGCAGGGUUUGAUUCAAAAAAUCAAUUGUGCUUUAACUCUGGUGAAGUGCGUGAAAUAUCAAACUCUAUGCGAUGGACUGUGGUUUACAAAUUUGGCAUGAGCUCCGGGAUCACAAGGGGGACCUUUGCUUUGUACGGAGGAGUAGUACGUAAAGAUAUGCAAGGACAAUGUAACGGUUUUGGAUAUAAUCUUAAAAAUCAAAUUAAAAUUCUUCAAAUUGGAGAUAAUCCUUUUGCAGAACACGGAGAUUCUGGUGCGUUAGUUUUGAUAAAAGGAACACAUGAUUAUGCUGCUAUUGGCAUUGUGGAAGGUGGUAUGAGGGGUUGUGUGUUUGUAACCCCGAUCCGUGAUAUUUUAAGAGCUGUUGGUUACACAGAUGUAAAAAUGUACCGAUUUACGCCGGAAUGUAAUGACAUUUUGACGGUUUCAGAAGUUGAAAUGGAUGUCUCUUAAAUACUUAUAUUUAAAAAAAAAAAAACACAAAAAAAAAUCACUUAAAUUCAAGUAAAGUUGUGUUAUGCGUUGAUGUAUUGAGUGCUUUGCCUCCGCUCUAAGAGAGAUUGGCAUUAAGAUUUAUCCCUGUCCAUCUGCCAGUCGAUGUGUUCUUACAGUCUCAAGCUGUGUCACUUGAAGCGCAACAAGUGCUUGAGCUAGAGUCUAUAAAUUUUACCGGAUUAUCAGCAUGUUUAGUUGUGCAUCCGGAAAUUCUCGUGAGGAUUAUUAUUUUUUUGUCAGAGUUAUUGCUCCUUGACUAAGUAUGCAAAUUGAAUAUUUUAAUUUGUACCCCACGUAGCUCAAAAAAUGUUCGACCUAGAGUCAUAAAACUUUGAAGGAAGAUAUAUUUGCGGCGGAGAAUUUGCUUGUGGAUUUAUUCAGUAUUUGCAAUUUUCAACUUGUGUGGCGUAAUUAGUACAACAGUUUUUGACAAAGAGUCAACGAAUUUAAAUAAAAAAUGUUGAGGAUUUUCUUGUAUAUUUAUUUACUAUUUGUAGAGUUAUGACCGCUAACUAAGUAAAAGAUCUAGAGCAGUUUUAUAGGUCAAACUGCUGACAGGACAAAACCCUUUCUAGUUAACUCUGGGAUUGGCUAGAGGAUUUAUUCAAUAUUUGUAAAGUUACUGUCCUUGACUUCUACAUGAAAGAUAUUUUAAUUUUCGUUUAAGCAUAUUUAAGGAUAUUAAAUUCAUGUUGAAUUUUGUUAAUGUUGGGUAAGGUAAUCAUUUAGCUUUGAAAAAAACUGAAUGUCGUUUUUAUGCCCCACCAUUAAGGGGUAGGGGAAUUAUGUGGCGAUACUAGGU